AGGUGUACGCAUGCGCACACUGAGGCCCGAGCUCUCCCUGCGCAAGCUCUUCCUACGCCCUGAGCGGUCUCUGUACUCCAGCCCUCAGGCCUAAGCUGCAGCCUUAUGCUGGAAGGGCGGGGCGAGGGCGGGGCUCCGUGAGUGGCGGACUCAGUAACCAAUUGUCAGGCGGCGCCGCCUCUGGCUCGGUUUGAAUUCCGCGGGGUCCAACGGCUCGGGAGUGGCUACUGAGUGAAGGUGAAAGCUGGUGCGACUGGUUACCGUUCUCCGUCCGGCGCGUGGGUCGUGGAAGGUCUCGAUUCUGGACGGCUUGGAGCAUCCACCAUGAGGAGAAGUGAGGUGCUAGCUGAGGAGUCUGUUGUGUGCCUCCAGAAAGCUCUAGCUCACCUUCGGGAAAUAUGGGAAUUAAUUGGAAUUCCAGAGGAGCAGAGACUGCAAAGAACCGAGGUUGUAAAGAAGCAUAUAAAGGAUCUUCUGGAUAGAAUGGUUGCUGAAGAAGAGAGCCUGCGGGAAAGGAUUCUCAGAAGCAUAUCCAUUUGUAGGAAGGAGCUGAGUACCCUGUGCAGUGAGUUGCAAGUGAAGCCAUUUCAGGAAGAAAAAGAAAUAACUGUCUUGCAACUAGAAAAAGAUUUGCGUACUCAAGUAGAAUUGCUGAGAAAACAGAAAAAGGAGAGAAAGCAGGAACUGAAGCAACUUCAAGAACAAGAUCAAGAACUCCGUGAGAUUCUUUGUAUGCCUCUUUGUGAUGUGGAGAGCACCUCUGUCCCCACUUUAGAAGAGCUGAACCUAUUCCGACAGCGUGUGGCAACUUUGAGGGAAACAAAGGAAGCAAGGCACGAACAGUUUGUCAACAUUAAGAGACAAAUCAUACUGUGUAUGGAAGAAUUAGAGCAAACUCCGGAUACAAGCUUUGAGAAAGAGAUAGUGUGUGAAGAUGAAAGUGCCUUUUGUUUAUCCCUGGAGAAUAUUGCAACAUUACAGAAGUUGCUAAAGCAGCUGGAAAUGAAAAAGUCACAAAAUGAAGCAGAAUGUGAGGGGCUCCGUGCUCAAAUCCGAGAGCUCUGGGAUAGGUUACAAACACCUGAAGAAGAGAGAGAACCUGUGGCUGCAAUUAUGACUGGGUCAAAAACCCAAAUCAGGAAUGCGCUGAAAUUAGAAUUGGAUCGGUUGGAAGAACUGAAAAUGCAAAACAUAAAGCAAGUGAUUGAGAAAAUUCGAGCAGAGUUGGCUCAGUUCUGGGACCAGUGUUUUUAUAGCCAGGAACAGAGGCAGGCUUUUGCCCCUUACUAUUCGGAGGACUACACAGAAAACCUGCUCCAUCUCCAUGAUGCUGAGAUUAUACGGUUAAGAAAUUACUAUGACGUUCACAAGGAACUGUUUGAAGGUGUCCAGAAGUGGGAAGAGAGCUGGAAACUUUUCCUGGAGUUUGAGAGAAAAGCUUCAGAUCCAAGUCGGUUUACAAACCGAGGGGGAAAUCUUUUAAAAGAAGAAAAGGAACGAGCAAAGCUCCAGAAAACACUCCCUAAGCUGGAAGAGGAGUUGAAAGCACGGAUUGAACAAUGGGAGCAAGAGCACUCAACCGCAUUUGUGGUGAACGGGCAGAAAUUCAUGGAGUAUGUUACAGAACAGUGGGAAUUAUAUCGGUUGGAGAAAGAGCGAGCCAAACAGGAGAGGCAAUUAAAGAACAAGAAACAGACAGAGACCGAGAUGCUGUAUGGCAGUGCUCCCCGGACACCUAGCAAAAGACCAGGACAGACUCCCAACAAGUCUGGCAAAGUACGCAAGAUGAACACUACCACCAUGUCUAGUGCUACACCCAAUAGUAGCAUUCGUCCUGUCUUUGGUGGAUCAGUGUACCGUUCACCUUUGUCUCGACUACCCCCUUCUGGUAGCAAGUCAGUAGUCACUCCUCUGUGUUCUGGAAAGAAAACACCUCGAACUGCCCGGCUUAGGGCCAACAAGGAGAACUUGGACCUCAAUGGCAGCAUCCUGAGCGCGAGAACUUUCAAAGGCUUCCAGAUCUGACGCUACUUCUCGAAUCCUCAAUUCAACGAACAUCCAGUCCUGAGAAUCCUUGCCCAGUUAGCCACCUGUGGCUUUCUGUGCCUAGACUGCCAUAUACAGGGGGGCGGGGGGUGACUUAAUACGUUUUCAUCAGUUCACAUGUUUGAAACAACCUUGGGUAGGUUCUGUUAACUGCACCUAACUUAGACAUGAAUAUGACAACUGCCAAAGAGUAGCAGUUGUUUCUGUAGUGCAAUCUCUGAGGUGUGUGUGACACAUGCUUGUCUGACCUGCUCAGUUUUUCUCCAGUCUCCCAUCCCUGUGCUCACUGUCACUAGGCCUAGUCUAUUCCCUGUAGAUGACAACCAAAUAGAGAGGCUAUCUGGGUAGGUUGGGCCAUUUCUGUCACGGACUCAGCAACUUUGCACAUCUACAGGUUAUAUCUGUAAUUGCGUCCACAACGAGGCUUUCUUUGCCAACCCAAUUCAUCACUACUCUUCCCAAAAGCACUAUUAUUUAUUCCUUCUCUGUCUGUGCCAGUUCUGCCAACACAUUAAAUGAUUCUUUAAAGCUUGGUCUGUAUGCUGUUUAUGUAUAUAGUUAACCUUUAAAAUACAUUGUUUUAUUUUUCUCCAAAUCAGUGGCUGCUUUGAUGUGUGUUUUUAAAUAUAUUAAAAUAAAAUUUAUAUAGUUACCUUUC